UACAGCGUCUCUCACUCUGCAAGAGAAACUUCGAAGAUUUGAUAUUUGUCUCCGAUCAGCCAUGGAAGAGAAGAAGACAGAAUCGACGACCACGAACGCUAAGAAGGUUAACUUGUUAGACCACAAUGCUAUCAAACACCUUCUCGAUGAAUCUGUCUCCGAUAUCGUUACGAGCCGAGGGUACAAGGAGGAUGUGAGGUUAAGCAACGUCAAAUUGAUGUUAGGGGCGAUUAUAAUCGUGGUCGCUCUUGUUGCUCAAUUCUACAACAAGAAGUUUCCUGAGAACAGAGACUUUUUGAUCUGCUGCAUCGGAUUGUAUGUGGUGUUGACUGCGGUAAUGCAGCUGAUUCUGUACAUUAAGGAGAAGAAUGCGAUACUGUUCACUUAUCCUCUUGAGGGAUCAUUCACCAGCACUGGCUUGGUAGUAUCUUCCAAGUUACCCAGGUUCUCUGAUCAGUACACUCUCACCAUAGACAGUGCUGAUCCGAAAUCAAUCUCAGCUGGCAAGUCAGUUGAGCUCACCAAAAGUGUCACUCAAUGGCUUACAAAAGAUGGAGUUCUUGUGGAGGGUUUAUUCUGGAAAGAUGUUGAAGCCCUAAUCAAGCAGUACACAGAAGAAGCAGGAGAACCAAAGAAGAAGAGGUGAUCAUCUUUAAAAGAUGGAAAAAAUUCAUGUUCUUUUUGGCAUUUUUCUUAGGUAAACUAAAAUUGAUGGUGACUUUUUAAAGAGACGACGACACAGAUAUAACCAGACUUUCGAAUUAUUCCGAGACUUUAUUACCAAUCUAUCAUCUCAUGUUCUCUGUUU